AUGGUGUCGGCCCCCGCGGUAGGCGGAAUCGCCGCUGCCGGAGGAGGAGCUGGCAGUGCGAACGCCAGCUCACGAGCCUCUCCGGCCGUCGCCUCCUCUGCCAAUCAAGCCGGCAAACCCAAGACUGCCCAGGUCAAUUCCAACGGCUACCACCCGACAAACCCCCAGAACCCCCUCAGCUCCAUGACGAGCCCGCCUCUCGAUCUGUCCUCGGUUGAGAGACGAGGCCAGCCCACAGCGUGCAGAGAGCCGGUGGUGAAGAAGGAUAGGCUGCAUGGGCUGCAAGAAGCGCCUACAUACCAACCGACAGAAGAAGAGUGGAAGAAUCCCAUGGAAUACAUUCGCAAGAUUUCGCCCGAAGCAAGCCAAUAUGGUCUCUGCAAGAUCAUUCCGCCUGACUCGUGGAAUCCUGAUUUCGCGAUAAACACAGAGAAAUUCCAUUUCCGAACACGAAAACAAGAAUUGAAUUCUGUUGAAGGCAGCACCCGUGCAAACCUUACAUAUCUCGAUGCCCUCGCGAGGUUCCACAAGCAGCAAGGCACGAACCUCACGAGAUGGCCCUAUGUUGACAAGAAGCCGCUUGACCUGUACCGCCUGAAGAAAGCUGUCGAAGCCAGGGGCGGUUUCGAGAAGGUCUGCAAGCUCAAGAAAUGGGCCGAGAUCGGGAGAGACUUGGGCUACAGCGGGAAGAUCAUGUCUUCCUUGUCAACCUCACUGAAGAACUCAUACCAGAAGUGGCUCUGCCCCUACGAGGAAUACCUGCGAGUCGCCAAACCCAGCGUACAUCAGCAGCUAGAGUUGGAAUAUGGAGGCCCCUUCACUCCCAGCCCUGCGCCGAGCCCCAUGAAGCGAUCUAGCGUCAAUACGCCGUCCAGCCUGCGCGCUGAUUCGCCCGCAAGACAUGCCACAGACGCCCUACAAGCAGGUAUAAACGGCCAUGUCAAAGACCUUGAACAGGACACGCCAGUAGCAGAUACACCGCCCCCCCCUCCCCAGGCUUCUUCGGGGUUCACAGCUAUCAACUCUGGAGGCUUCACUGCGGUUAACUCUGGGUUUACGAGCGUGAAUCGCCCACUUGCCGCUGCUGAGGUCAAGGGUGGCACUCCUCCAAAACAGAUCGGCACACCCUUAACCUCUGCAAAAAAUACGCCCGAGUAUCGACCCUCGGGAUUGGGACCGGCCACCUCUCUGAAGCGACAGCUCAGCUGCGACAGCCUCGACUCUGCCAAAAAAGAGAACUGCGUCGAGAAGGACGAGACCGAGGGCGGCAGUCGCAGGAGUAAGCGAUUAAAGAAAGAUGCCAUCCCGAUUGUGGCUGGUUCGCAUAUGUCGGUCUUCCGACCAUCAGCUCCAAGGGUUCCCCGAGACGAAUCGGUAGUACCCGGAGAGAAAUGUGAGGAGUGUGGCAAGGGCAAGGAGCGCGGUGGUUUGUUCCUUGUCUGCGAAUCAUGUGAUUACGCCUAUCAUGGCUCCUGUUUGGAUGCGCCAUUGAGAUCCAGACCCGAAUCGGGAUGGAAUUGCGCGCGAUGCCUUGUCGGCGAUGGCCAGUUUGGCUUCCAGGAGGGCGGGCUAUACUCCCUCAAGCAAUUCCAGCAAAAGGCUGCCGACUUCAAACAGGCAUACUUUGAGAACAAGAUGCCCGUCGACUCUGUUCUGAACUGCCACCGACCCGUCACCGAGGAUGACGUUGAGAAUGAGUUCUGGAGGCUGGUCGCCGACUUGGAAGAGACCGUCGAGGUGGAAUAUGGUGCAGACAUCCACUGCACAACCCAUGGCUCAGGCUUCCCAACCGUGGAAAGGAACCCCGAUAACCCGUAUUCGACGGACCCCUGGAACCUCAACCUGCUUCCACUGCACCCUGACAGCCUGUUCAGACACAUCAAGUCCGACAUAUCCGGCAUGACGGUCCCGUGGGUCUACGUUGGCAUGAUGUUCUCCACCUUCUGCUGGCAUAAUGAAGACCACUAUUCAUACUCGGCUAACUAUCAGCAUUUCGGUGCCACGAAGACGUGGUACGGUAUUCCUGGCGAAGACGCCGAGAAGUUCGAGAACGCCAUGCGCGACGCGGUCCCGGAACUCUUCGAGACGCAACCAGACCUCCUGUUCCAGCUCGUCACACUGCUGACCCCGGAACAGCUGAAGAAGGCUGGCGUGCGGGUCUAUGCACUGGACCAGCGGGCGGGCCAGUUCGUCAUCACCUACCCUCAAGCCUACCAUGCAGGCUUCAAUCAUGGGUUCAACUUCAACGAGGCCGUCAACUUUGCCCCCUCCGACUGGGAGCCCUUUGGUCUCUCCGGGGUAGAGAGACUCCAGCUUUUCCGACGCCAACCGUGCUUUGCACAUGACGAGCUUCUUUGGACGGCUGUUGAAGGGGUUCUCUCGGGUAGCCUGUCCAUCCAGACCGCAAAGUGGCUGGCCCCUGCAUUGGAACGCAUCCACCGGCGUGAGCUUGCCCAGAGGGAGGCGUUCGUUGCCAAACACGUCGGCGAGACUCCACAUCGAUGCCAAUUGACUGGCGGAGGUGGGGAUGGACAGUGCCCCCUCGAAUUCCGGCUCGAGGAUGUUGAUGUUCCUGAGGAGGAGUACGCGUGUGCCCACUGCAAGGGAUUCGCAUACCUGUCCAGGUUCAAGUGCAUCAAGACUGGCAAGUUCUAUUGUCUCCUCCAUGCUGGAAACUACGCCUGCUGUGAGCUUAAGGAGUCAACUCGAUACUUCGGAUCAGACCACGUCCUCUACUAUCGAAAGACAGAGGAGGACAUGGAGUCGGCCUUCAAGAAGGUGGCCGAUAAGGCGCACUUGCCGGAGGCUUGGGAGGAGAAGUACGAGAGGACACUUGACGAGGAGGCCACUCCGUCGUUGAAGACGCUGCGGAAUCUCCUCAACGAAGGUGAGAAGAUACCGUAUGAGCUCCCUUCACUGCCACUUUUGCGGGAUUUUGUCGAACGGUGCAACCAUUGGGUUGAGGAGGCGACGAACUACACCAUCCGCAAGCAACAGAAUCGCCGCAAGAACGAGAAGGCUUGGCAGAGCGGCGUGCGCAAAUCAAUUGGUAACUCAUGCCAGGAGCAGAAGGAAAGGGACAUGCGCAACGUUUCCAACAUCUAUCGGCUCCUUGACGAGGCGGACCAGAUCGGGUUUGAUUGCUCCGAGAUAGUCCAGCUACAGGAACGCGCCGAGGCCGUCAAGACCUUCCAGGAGAACGCCAAACAGGCGCUCGACCACCGCCAGGCCCAGACCAUCGAGACCGUCGAGGAACUCUUGGAGGAGGGCCAGAGCUUCAACGUGGACAUGCCCGAGGUCGAGAAGCUUUCGCGUAUGCUGGACCAGCUCAAGUGGAACGAGAAAGCCGCCGCCAACCGCGGCAUCUUCAUGACGCUUGGCGAGGUCAGGGACCUGAUUGAAGAGGGCAAGCGGCUCGACAUACCCAUCUACAACGACCACUUCUCCCACUACAAUGACCAGCUGGCCCAGGGACAGCUGUGGGAGAAGAAGGCCCAAGAGUUGAUCAACGCCGACGCUGUUCACUAUCCCCAGCUGGCCGCACUCUCCCAGCAAGCCCAAGACCAGGCCCUGCCUGUCUCGCAGGCGACCCUGGCAGCCGUGGAUCAGAUCUUGCACAAGCAGCGUGAGGCCCAUCGCCACAUCGUGGAUCUCAACGAGCGAUCGCGAAAUCCCGACUAUCGGAAGAGACCGAAAUACACCGAGGUCGCCGAGAUCAUGAAGAAGAUAGAGGAACUUCAAGCUAAGCCGCCCGGCACGCUGGACCUGGAGAAGGAGCAGAAGCGUCACGAAGACUGGAUGCGGAAGGGAAAGAAGCUCUUCGGCAAGACCAACGCGCCUCUCCACAUCCUCAAGAGCCACAUGGAGUAUGUGUUGGAUCGCAAUGUGGACUGCUUCGACAUCACCCACGAUAAGCCACGGCUGCCGGCCGAACCGGCCUCGAGGGAGCCCAGUCCGGACGCCUCGGGCAAAGUCCAUCGCUGGGAAGAUCCACGCUUCCGAGAAGUAUUCUGUAUCUGCCGUCGGACGGAGGCUGGCAUGAUGAUCGAAUGCGAACUUUGUCACGAAUGGUAUCACGGCAAGUGCCUCAAGAUCGCGCGCGGCAAGGUCAAGGAAGACGACAAAUACACGUGUCCCAUCUGUGACUGGCGAGUCAAAAUCCCCCGCGACGCAGCCCGGCCCAAGCUGGAGGAGCUGCUGAACUGGCAGGACGAGAUCCAGAACCUCCCUUUCCAGCCCGAGGAGGAAGAGCUGCUCAAGAAGAUGAUUGACAAUGCGCAGGCAUUCCGCUCGCACAUAGCUGCCUACUGUAAUCCAGUUCUGGCAACGGCGUCCGAAGCUGAGACGCAGCGGUUCUACCUGCGCAAGAUCGAGGGGGCAGAGGUUCUGCUGGUGUACGAGACAAACUUCUUCCGCCAGGAGCUCCACAAGUGGAGUCCUGUUGCCCCGGUGCCGCCUCCGGUGCUCGAGUCUUCCAAGAGCACCCGCAAGCCGCGUCCGACGAAGCUGCAGAAGAUGCUGGCCCAGUACGGCGUGGACGAUCCGGACGACUUGCCCGAGAACGUCAAGGGGAAGGCGAACAGUCUGAAACGGAAGGCCAUGAAUGCCGAGGCUGCCGCGCAGGCCGCUUCUGCCGCCUCAUCUGGCGGUGCUCACUCGGCGAGUCCCACCGGGUCUCACCCCUACGGAACGAGCGGCCAUACUUUCUUCUCGCGGCAUUCCUCCGCCCAACCGCAGACCCCAGGCUUGUCGAUCGCCAGCAGCUCCCACGCCCACCCGUCCCACGGACAGGACGACUCGGCAUCUUCUCGAGGCCAGAAAGGCCACGGCGGCUCCGGCUCGACAUCCAUGCUAAAGACGGAUGCCAUGGCUCUGGACUCUGGCUCGAUCCAUCCCUCCUUCUUCAUGCAAGACGAAGCGGCCAACGCACGACAGUAUCUCGUGGGAGACAGCAACUCGAGCGUCGGUCUGGAAGAGCGGCUCCUGCGCGGCUACCCCGGGGGCGAGGAUGGACUGGACGUGAACUCCGGGCUCGUCAAGACCAAGGCGUUGGAAAUUCUCUGUCGAACAGAGGAGGGUCGCGGAAGGGCAGAGGAAAUCUUUGGUAGAGGUGUCUGGGGUGGCAAUGGCGGCGGAGGCUCUCGUGACGACGACCCCAUCGGCAUCGGUGUAGGGACCGAGGGCGACGGUGACGUAGAUCGCAUGUUUGUCGAUCUUGUCAACGAGGACGAGGACGAUGACGACGAUGACGAAGACGACCACAGCAGUACUAGCGGACGAAAGGGGGGAGAUAACCCCACAGCGGACAGCCUGGAGAGCGAGCGCAAUGGGAUGGACGCAUUGCUUGACGGGGAGUAG